GCGCGGCCGCCAUCGCGAUGGUUUCCACGUGGAGUGGGGGCAAGUAAAGCCGCGGUCCGGGGCGGAGCGGGCCGGCCAGGCACGGCUCGGCUCGGCUCCGCUCGGCUCUCACCUCCCCCCGGCGGCGUGGCCGGCGGUUUCUAAGCCUGGAGGGAGCUGGGUGCGGGAGAGGAGGAGGGGCCGGCGUGGGGCUCCCCGCGGAGGGCGCCACGCCUUUGCCCCGUUCCACAGGGCCACCCGCGGAGCAUGGCCGGCCGAGGCCCUGGCGGCGGCUCGCAGCCGUCCGCCGUGGCGCAGCCGCUCGCCGGCGGUCACUUGUACCCCUUCGUGAGCGCGGAGAGCGAGGGGCCCGAGGAGGAGGGUGAGCUGUCGGAAUUGCGGCCGCGGGGCAGGGAAAAGGUCCGGCGGAGCGCAUCGAGGGACAGGCUGGAUGAUAUAGUCCUGCUGACGAAGGACGUCCGGGAAGGGGACACGCUGAACGCGAUCGCGCUGCAGUUCUGCUGCUCCGUUGCAGAUAUCAAGAGAGUUAACAAUCUUAUCAACGAUCAAGAUUUUUUUGCCCUGAGGUCUAUCAAAAUUCCAGUGAAAAAGUUCAGUGUAUUGACAGAAACCCAUAUAUAUCCGAAAGGAAGACCAGCUCUUCGGCCUGCUCUGUGUUCCCCAGAAGAUCAGGAAACAUCUCUUUGUGAUAAAUUCUCUGCUAAUGAGACUGCUGGCAACUUCUUAAAAGAAGUCGAUCGAGAUAUAGAAGAAAUAGUGAAGUGUAAUGAUACAAAGAGAGAGAAUCUGAAUGAAGUUGUUUCUGCUUUAGCAGCCCAACAGAUCUGUUUUGAAACUGAUGGUAAAACUAAAAAAUGUAAGGAUCCUUACUAUGGAGCAGACUGGGGUAUAGGGUGGUGGACAGCAGUAGUGAUUAUGUUGAUUAUUGGCAUCGUAACUCCAGUUUUUUAUCUCCUGUAUUAUGAAGUUCUAGUGAAAGCAGAUGUCAGUCAUCAUUUUCCAAUGGAAUCUUCCCAUUUGUUUGUCACAGCAGUAUCACAUCAGAAAGAAACAGAAAAUGGAAUAAAUCCAACAAAUAUUAUGAAAGUUGAUAAUCAAGGAGACCUUCAGCAUUAGUAGUGGAAGACCCUAGACAACUGUUGUAUGUAGAUACAUAACAUAACCUUAGGUAAAGGGGAAUCCACGGAAUGCAAAAUGCACUUGGAAUGCAGAGAUGUGUAUUGAUGUGUGACUUGCCUUUAUGGGCAGUGUUCCACUACAAGGAUAUUUCUGGGGAUCACAUAAUCUCUGAAUAUGCCUGAGGUAGGCAGUUUGCAAGAUUGGAGUGUCUAUUAAGGUAUGAAGUAAUCUCUGAAGCUUUGCACUUUCUUCUAUUUUGAUAGGCAUGUUUCUUAAUUAAUGAUGAGGUGGAAAAAUAUAGUUCAAACUAACACACAAGGAGUCUGUGUGUUUUACAGCCCAGAAGUGGGCAUAUGGGGAUAGCUAACUUUUAAACAUCUAAAAGGAUUUACAGAAUUCAUAGUACGCUUGACAUUUUUAAUACCAGGUUUACAGUUGUAAGUUAAAGUGGUGUUCUCAUAAUUUAAUCUUUCUUAUAGAGUAAGAUUUUUUUAAAACUCAGUCAUGCCAUAAUUAAUAGCCACUAUGAAGUUCUUUUUUACUGAGGCAGUAGAAAACACUUAAACUGCAAUCUUGAAAUCUUGUGCCUGUGGUCAACCCAUUCUUCAGUAUAGGCACUAGGGUAAUUUGUUUUCUCUGUGGGAUUGUGUGCCUCAACACAGUCCACUUAGGAUUCCUCCUGAAACUUUACAUUCUUCCUUGGUUUUCUGCUGAAAACUUACUGCAUUCUCAUCUGGUCACCUGUGUGUAGAAUGAAAAAAGUGAAGAAGUGUGGCACCUUACUGCCCCAGUAAUCCUUAUUUUCUGCUAAUAGAUUUAUCUUUUUCCCCUCCAGUUAAUCUCAGUUCAGGACCAAUUGAUUAUUCAGAUAGCAGUCGUGGGUACUGAGCAUGCUAAUACUGGUCUUCUGCCAAUGAACCUCAAGCUCUUAACUUUUUCCUGAAGUGUGCUAGAAAACUUCAACUUAUAUUUAAUGCCUGCUAGCAAAUUUGAGCAGAAUAGACAACUUGGAUCUUCAGACUUGUACUUUACAUAUUAGUGUAUUCAUUAACCAAUCCCCUCCUAAAUGUUUCUCUUGGAGUUUCAUGAGCAACCGUGGUUUUCCCCUCUUUUUCUUCCCAAUCUAAAAAUGCUUCAAGAUUAAAAAAAACCCAAAAACCCUAUAAAAAACAUAAAUAAACCCCCCAUCACCUCUGGACUCUUCAUACAGAAAGGAGGUACUUGUGUACUCAGAAUACUUUUAAAUUAAAACUGAGAUGGUGCCUAUAAUUAUUUUGGUUAUAUUUGCCUUGUGGAGCAAGAAUUCCAUUGCCCUGUUCAAAAUAGUAUUUAUUACCAAAACCCAAGAUAACAGACUUAAUUAGGACUUGAAAAGAGAGAAGUGGAAAAACAGCAUCGUUGUAACUACUAUUGUAACCUUUUCAGUGAAUGUCUUGACUAAGUAUAUACAGUACUGCCGCGCUGCUGUCAGAGUGUCUCUACUCCCCCGGGCAGGGGAGGAGGUUGCUCCGGCUGAGCUGAAGGCACGGCAGCUGACAGCCGGGGUGGGGGGGGGCACUUCCCAGAUGCGCCGGGGGCGUCCCGGGAGCGCCUCAGCAAGGGGCAGCAGAGAGCAGCAGGCAGGCGAAGUGGAAGAAAGAAAGGAGGGACCCUCCUCGGGGGUAAAGUCCAGAGUUUUUAUUGUCUCCAGGGGAGCCAGCUGAGAAGUGACCACGAGGCACGAAUACAGCAGCUUAUAAAGGGGGCGGAACAUACAACACAUUAACCAAUGAGGGAGAACUUGGGAGAGAACAAACUCGUGGGAAACAUGCCGGCUAGCCAAUAGGGAAUGUGACAGGGAGGGACUCUUGUUCCUGAUCAAUCACCCAGCGAAGAGGGGAGAACUUUCUGGAAAGAGGGAAGGAGACAGUGGGUGAUGGACAGGAACUUGGGGAGGGAUUGACAGAAGGUAACCAGGGAAACAGGGGAGGAGACAACAAAUUGACACUCUCAAAGGGAGGGGUUACCAGGGGAGGGGGAGAGGGGGAUCCCACAACUGAACCACUAUAACUUUAGGAGGAAACAGAACAAACCAAAUGAACCCCGCAACACAACAUCUCCCCCUUUUUUGUUUAAAACAAAAAUAAAACUGAAAUUGUUCUUAAACUGACGUAGUAUCUGAAAACCAUGAAGAGGAUUGAGAGGCCUGCUCCCAACAGACUUCCUCACAGGUAGGUUCUUCAGGGAUGGGAGCAGGGUCAGCGGGAGCCUUGACAUGAUUAAUUUG